CUUCUGCUUGGUUAGUUGUGGGGCACUCUUCUCCAGAUUCAUGGAAAAAAGAUAACAUCUUUAGCUGAUUUGCCAGAGACACAGCAGCAGGGAAUUGCCAAGUGAGGCUUCCUGCUUUGAAGAUGGCUCUUUUCAGCUGGCUGGUUGCUCUUUGCCUCCUCCUCCUCCUCUCUUUCUGGAAGAGCCAACGUCCCAAAGGGUUCCCUCCCGGACCUUGGCGCCUGCCCCUGAUCGGGAAUGUGCUUCAGCUCACUGCGAAGGACCUUCUGAAGACCCUGGAUCAGCUGGCAAAAAAAUAUGGCCCUGUCUCCAGUGUUUAUGCUGGAGGAAAACCUGUAAUCUUUAUUCAUGGAUUUCCUUCAGCAAAAGAGGUCCUGGUGAUAAAAGGCACAGAAUUUGCUGGGAGGGCAGAAUUUCCUAUAACGGAUGACAUCACUAAUAAAAAAGGUUUACUGACACAAAGUUAUGGUGAAGUAUGGAAGGAGCAAAGAAGGUUUUCACUGAUGCUUCUCCGAAGCUUUGGAGUGGGCAAAAAAUCAAUGGAAGAAAAGAUCUUGGAGGAGGCGACUUAUUUGAUUCGGGCAUUCACUGAAAACAUGAGUGUGCCUUUUGAUCCCCAUGAGUUUGUGAACUUGGCGAUCACCAACAUAAUUUGUACCAUAACACUUGGGAAGCGCUUUGAAUACGACAACAGCUUCCUCAAAAUCCUGCUGGAUGAGCUACGUCAGACUUCCGAAAUAACAAUGGGACCCUGGGCCUUGCUUUACAAUGCCGUGCCCUUCGUGAGAGGGCUUCCCCUGCCCCACCAGAGAAUACUAGCAACUGCAAAGAAAUUAUAUGCUUUCCUUGGAAAGGAGUUGGAAGAGCACAAGGCAACCCUUGUUCCUGGAGAACCUCGGGAUUUCACUGACGCGUAUUUGGACGAAAUGCAGAAGGCAGAGCGGAAGGGUUCAAGUUUUGAAGAAAACCAACUACAAGUCUUAAUGGCUGAUCUAUUUCUGGCUGGAACAGAGACCACGUCAGGGACACUUCAGUGGGGACUGCUCUAUUUGAUGGCCUUCCCAGAGAUCCAAGAGAAAUGCCAGAAGGAAAUAGACACCGUUCUGGGAAACAACGCAAGCCUGAAGUAUGAAGAUCGAUUCAAGUUGCCCUACACAAACGCCGUCAUUCACGAAAUCCAACGCAUUUCAAAUGUUGUUCCUCUUGGAAUACCCCAUGCACCCAUUAAAGAUGUACAGCUUUUUGGAUACAAAAUUCCCAAGGGCACGGCGGUUUUUGUCAACAUCCAUUCUGUCCUUUGUGAUGAAUCUCAGUGGAAGUUCCCAAAUGAGUUCAACCCCUCCAACUUCCUGAAUGACAAGGGAGGGUUUGUGAAGCCAGAAGCCUUUUUGCCAUUUUCAGCAGGGCCCAGAGUCUGCUUAGGGGAGAACCUGGCCCGGAUGGAGCUCUUCCUCUUCUUCACCAUCAUUCUAAGCAACUUCCAGCUAUCGUGGCCAGAUAAAUCCCAAGCACCAGAUUUUACACCACAACUUGCAGUCACACAAUGCCCCUCCCCCUUCAAGAUGUCCCUGAAAUGUCGUCAGGUCUAAGUGAGGAUCAGCACGAUUCAGAACAACCUCAUUCUCUCCAACCGUCUAUGCAGCAGCCACCUCUACUUCCAGCUCAGCACUUAAGAACUUUUUACAUAUUGCAAAUAAUAUGCUAUCUUAUGCCAAAUUAUUUGGAUGUAUAAAAAAGAGCUGUAUCAGAUGAUCUCCAAAAUAUACAACUGGCCAAAUUUAUCUCCAACGUUACAAGCUGUGUUUUGAAGAAAUAAAGUUGAUACUGUAAGUGAUAUACUGUAUAUUUUA